UUUUUUCUGAACAGACAUCUUCAUCGAUCAACUUCAAUCAUCACAAAACCCAGUCACCUUACAACUCUACCAACCAUGGCUGACAAAACCGACCUCGAGGAGUUCUUCAAGAGUGAAGCCUAUGCUAACUCAUUCAAACGCGGGGAGAUGGUCACCCGCCGAUUCGCUGAAAUUCUGAUUGACCAAAGCAAGGUGGUCGCCGAGUCUAAGGCCAACCCUGAUCAUCUUUUAGUAAUCCUCGACAAUGCCUGCGGUACAGGUGUCGUAUCCAGCAUCCUCAAUGUCAAGGUUGAUGACCUUGUCAAGAAAACAUGGAAGUUGACAUGUGGAGACAUCUCGUCGGCAAUGAUCGAGUACACCAAGGUCCGUAUCCAACAAGAGGGUUGGCCAAACACGGACACAAAGAUCGUGGAUGCGCAGAAGCCUGAGCUGGCUAGUGCUCAAUUCUCUCACAUCUUCACUGCUUUCGCCUAUAUGGCACUCCAUGAGUCCGCUAAGGCUCUCAAGGGUAAGGACAUCCUUGGUUGUCUCCCUCCUAUAAUGAAGGCUAAUGGAGACAACAAACUAGAAACCGCCCGAAUGCUGCAACCCGGUGGAAUUAUUGCUUUCUCAACCUGGAUCGAGCCUGGCUGGAUGGCCAUCGCCCGAGCAGCGAUUGAAAGCAUGCCAGGCGAGCUGUGCUUUCCUGAGACUCAAAAGAUCUUGGCGGUCCUGACUGACGGGAAAUGGGACUCGAAGCCCUGGAUUGAGUCCCAGCUCGAGGAGCUUGGGUUUCAGGACAUCGAUGUCCGCCCAACAACAAUCAAACUGACUCUCACAUCCUCUAUCUUCGUGGAUAUGAGCAUGUUGAUGUUUCCCAUGAUAAUGAACUCCUUCUGGACUGAAAAGCAGCGAGAGGAAAACAAGGAUAAGGUUCGUCCGGCGCUAGAGAAGUACGUGGAAGACAUUUACGGGUCUGGGAACAUCGAUACUGAAUGGGUGGCUAUUCUGUCCACUGCGCGCAAGUCUUGCUAG